AUGGCCGCGAUCAAGCACCGGCGGACGGCCCUGGAGCGAGUGGAGAAGUUCCUCUCUGACACCUACUUCACGGACUGCAACCUGCGGGGCAGGCUCUUUGGGGAUCGCUGUCCACCGGCAUCGCUCUCCUGCUUCCAGACCCCGCGGCGCAUCCCGUACGAUGAGGCUGUCGUGCAGGAAUUCGGGCCGGCUCGAGUGGGAGAGUCCUUCGGGCCCACAUGGGAGACGUGCUGGUUUAAGGUGGAGCUGAACAUCCCCCCGGCAUGGGCAGGGAGGGAAGUGCACUUCGUCUGGGAGAGCGAUGGGGAGGGCAUGGUGUGGCGAGAUGCGCAGCCUGUGCAGGGAUUGACUAAGGAAGGUGAGAAGACCAGCUACAUCCUGACCAGAAGCCUGAAAGGGUCAGAGCCCCACAGCCUGACACUGUAUGUGGAGCUGGCCUGCAAUGGGCUCUUUGGAGCUGGCAAGGGCAGCAUGAUCGCCCCUCCAGACCCAGACAGGAGGGUUACCCUGAGCAAUGCUGAGCUGGUUGUCUUCAACCGAGAUGUCUAUGAACUGCUGGUGGAUCUGGAAAUACUGCUAGACAUGGCUCAGCUCCUCGGGGAGGAAAACCAGAGGAGUUUCCAAGCACUGUACACUGCCAACCAGAUGGUCAAUGUGUGUGAUGUUACGGACCCCUCCACCUUCCCCGCUGCACGUGACCUGGCUGCAGCCAUCUUCAGCCAGAGGAACGGCGAGAGCCAGCACACCAUCCAUGCCAUGGGACACUGCCACAUUGACUCUGCCUGGCUGUGGCCGUAUGAGGAGACCAUCCGUAAGUGCGCCCGGAGCUGGGUCACUGUGGUGCACCUGAUGGAGCACAACCCAGAGCUCACCUUUGCCUGCUCCCAGGCGCAGCAGUUCGAGUGGGUGCGGCACCACUAUCCUGGUCUGUAUGCACGCAUUCGGGACUUCGUGGCCAAGGGACGGUUCAUUCCUGUUGGAGGCACCUGGGUGGAAAUGGAUGGGAACCUGCCCAGUGGGGAGUCCAUGGUGCGGCAGUUCCUCCAGGGACAGAGGUUCUUCCAUGAGCAGUUUGGCCGGUUCUGCUCAGAGUUCUGGCUGCCAGACACAUUUGGAUACUCAGCCCAGCUGCCCCAGCUGAUGCGUGGCUGUGGGAUCCAGCGCUUCCUCACACAGAAGCUCAGCUGGAACCUGGUGAACUCCUUCCCGCAUCACACCUUUUUCUGGGAAGGCAUUGAUGGGUCCCAAGUCCUGACUCAUUUCCCCCCUGGUGAUUCCUAUGGGAUGCAUGGCCGAGUGGAAGAGAUGCUGAAAACAGUGAAGAACAACAAGGACAAAGGCCGUGUGAACCACAGCGCAUUCCUCUUCGGCUUUGGAGAUGGAGGAGGGGGACCCACGCAGAAGAUGCUAGACAGGAUGAAAAGAAUGAGUGACACAGAUGGGCUGCCCAGGGUGCAGAUCUCCACUCCUGACCAACUCUUUUCUGUCUUGGAGAAGGAGUCAUCCCAGCUGUGCACCUGGGUGGGAGAGCUCUUCCUGGAGCUGCACAAUGGCACCUACACCACGCAGGCCCAGAUCAAGAAGGGGAAUCGGGAAUGUGAGCGGAUUCUCCACGACGUGGAAGUGCUCAGCACCCUGGCUGUGGCUCGGGACAGAGAGUUCCAGUAUCCUGCCAACCAGCUCCAGCAGCUCUGGAGGUUCUUGCUGCUUAACCAAUUCCACGAUGUCCUGCCAGGCAGCUGUAUCCAGCUGGUGGUUGAGGAUGCCCUGCAAUACUACACAGAGAUCCGCAGGGCUGGUGCUCAGCUGCAGGAGGAAGCUGUGGAAUCCCUGUGCCGGGAUCUGCUGCAGCCUGAGGAAUGGAGCACCCAGAGCACCCUCGUGUUGAACACUUUGUCCUGGGAACGCACCGAGGUGAUCUCCAGGCCUGGGCCAAACGGAACAGAGACUUUGGCUCUGGUGACAGUCCCCAGCAUGGGCUAUGCUCUAGUGCAGGAGCCAUUUGUGCCUCCUGAGCCUGUGGUAGUGUGGGAACAGGAGGAUGGCUUCAUUACCAUGGAGAAUGGGGUCAUUGCUGUCUGUGUGGACACCAUGGGGCACCUGAUCUCGCUUCGGCUGAUGGACUCCGGGAGAGAGUCAAUUGCAGAUGGCUAUGCCAAUCAGUUUGCACUCUUCGAUGAUGUUCCCCUCUACUGGGAUGCCUGGGAUGUGAUGGAUUAUCACUUGGAAACUAGGAAGCCAGUGACAACGGUGCUGAAGCCUCUGAAAGUCACCCUGGGUGGGGGCCUUCGGGGAAGUGUGAGGUUCUCCCUGAAGGUUGGGAAAAACAGCACCUUAACCCAGGAGAUCAUCCUGGAUGCCAUGUGCCCAUACCUGCGCUUCCAGACCCAGGUGGAGUGGAAGGAGGCUCACAAGUUCCUGAAGGUGGAGUUCCCUGUGGCUGUCCGGAGCACAAACGCUACCUACGAGAUCCAGUUUGGACACCUGCAGCGACCAACACACUGGAACACGUCCUGGGACUGGGCUCGCUUCGAGGUGUGGUCUCACAAGUGGCUGGAUCUCUCUGAGCAUGGCUUUGGGGUAGCUCUGCUAAACGACUGCAAAUAUGGGGCAUCGGUCCACAGGAACAUCCUCAGCCUCUCCCUGCUCAGAGCACCCAAGUCCCCUGAUUCCACAGCAGACAUUGGGCUCCACCAGUUCACCUAUGCUGUGAUGCCUCACCAGGGUUCCUUCCAGGAGGCUGGUGUGAUUCAGCAAGCCUACAACGUGAAUUUCCCCCUCCAUGUGGUCCCAGCCAAUUGUGCCCCAUGCCCAGCCUGGAGUGCCUUUUCUGUCAGCUCACCUGCCAUUGUGCUGGAGACUGUCAAGCAGGCCGAGGACAGACCUGAGGCUGUGGUGGUUCGGCUCUAUGAGGCUCAUGGCAGCACAGUCACCGCCUGGCUCCAGACCUCCCUCCCCAUUAAGGAGGCCAUGCUCUGUGACCUCCUGGAACGGCCGGUUGGAUGGGGCUGCCUGCCACUGGAGAAACAGGGCCUGAGGCUUUCCUUCACCCCCUUCCGUGUGCUCUCCGUCCUCCUGGUCCGGAGCUGCUGACACCAGACAUCAUCUUGCUGCUGCUGCAGCCACCUGGACCAACACUGGGCUCAAAUCACACUGAGCUGCUUCCAAUGCCAAGAGUUGUGCAAGGCAGUAGUUCCAGGGAAGGGCAGUGUCCCCAUGUCCUGCACCCAAGUGUCAGAUAGCAGCACUUAAAAAACCCUGCUCCUCAGGGAAGGAGGACAGCUGCUCUCACUGCCCAAGCAGGGUAGGUGGUCUUGAGUGAGUUCUGAGCUCAUUUAAGUGUGGACAAAGGUGCAGACAGGCUGGUCGCCCUGCACAGGCUCUGCUCCAGCUGUAGAGGUUGGGGGAGCAGCAGCUUCUGCAGUGACUCCUGGUGCAGCAGCCUUCAUCUUGUCUAGCAGUGAGUGUAAAAACUCACUCCACCCCUUCUCCCCCUGUCUGCCCCUUGGCACUGCCCUUGCAGAAGAGGAAGCACAAAAAAAAAAAAAUCAAGAUAAUUAGAUAAAAACAAGCUCCAGCCUGUUUUCUUAACUUAGUGUAGUUGCACUCAUACUGUCUGCAUG